AUGGGGUUCUGGAACCAGGGAAUUCGCUCGCAGCGAAGCAACUCUCCCUCGCCCUCACGCCGCUCCUACUACGCCUCCCGCCCGUCGUACUCGCGCAGCGCGUCCUCCUUCUUCUCCGGCCUCGGUGGCGGCUCCUCGUCGCGAGGCCACGGCCACUCGUCCCGCGCGCGCCCCCGGUCCGGCUUCGUGAACCGCAUACGCCGCUUCCUGAAAGAGAUAUACUACUGGAUGCGCCGGCAUCCCGUCCGCACGUUUGUCCUGGUCAUUCUGCCGCUGAUCACGGGCGGGGCGCUAAGCAAGUUGCUGGGGACCGUGGGCAUUCGACUCCCCGCGGGACUGCAGAGGAUGAUGGGCGGGCGGGAGAUGACCCAGACGACCGAACGGUUCUAUGCCCGCGGAGGCGCGAGGGACUUUGGCGCUGGCAGUGCCUUGCCCGGCAUGGGUGGUGGGCUUGGGAACAGCAUUGGCGCUCUUGCAGGAAUAGCAAAGAUGUUCAUCUAA